UCGAGGAGACACCCAACAAGAUGAGGCUACUGCUCCCCAUAUUCUGGGCUGUGCUGCUUCUCUGCAGAUCAGCACUCUCUGACACAGGAUUCGGCCUGAACCCCGAGAAUGGUGAGGUGGUGCCCCCCGUGGAUGCCAAGGGCCCCGUGCGGUUCCCCGACCCCAGCCAGGAGGCGGAGCAGUCCGAGUCCUACAUGUUCGAGAUGAACCCCAACCUCAAGUGGGUGCCCUGGAACGGCUCCCUGCCCGACGGCGCCGUGGGGAUCUACAAUGGCUACGCAGGCCGACAAGACUACAUCUGCAAGUUCAACUGCGAGGCGGGAUUCUACACACCCAGCAAGGGCGACUACUGCCACUACCCUUACGCCGACCAGGAGUACACCGCCAUCAAGUUUGACAUCCUGGUGAACCAAGACGGCUUUGAGUUCAUCGAGUGGCUGGAGGACUCGUACGGCGACGUGCCCACUGAAGCCAUCAAGACGUGCCCCAGGGAGGAGAUCUACGUGGGCAAGAACAAGUACGGCCUGGGCAAAGUGGUGGCAGAGCACGAAGCCUUCUUCCUGCCCUGGGAAGGAGAGGAGUACUGGUACAAGAAGUAUCACGUGCUGCGCAUCAACCAGGAUGCCUACAGCCAGCAUCUGUCCCACAUUGAGUACGGCAUUGACCAGAUUGAGCUUUUCCAUCAUCCACCCGAGACCAUCCAGCAGGCCAAGGUGACCAACUACGAGUGUCGCGAGGUGGAGAAGACCGUGCUCCUGGAGAAGACCACCACCACGUCCAAGACCUGGGACAUUGGGCGCGAGACGCGCAACGGCACCAUCUCCACCAUGAAGGGCAAGGUGCCCGUCCUGAACCCGGGCAGUGUCGACUUCACCAGCAAGGAGCAGAGCGUCACCUUCAAUGAGGGCACCACCGAGUCAGAGUCCAUCACACACACCAUCUCCGUGCAGGUGAGGGUGGCUCCCAACUACUCGUGUGCCGUGCGCAUGGACGCCAGGAAGAUGGAGGCUGACAUCCCCUUCACCGCCCGCCUCAGCCGCACCUACGACGACGGCAGCACGCACUGGACCACCGUGACGGGCACCUACGACGGCGUCAGGAUCGGAGAGAUCAACGCCGUGGUGGAGAGGUGUCAACCCAUUCCCGAUGCCCCUCCAUGCUAGUAGUGGAGUGG